AUGUGAAUCAUUAUAAACAUUUUAGUUAUAUAGAAUAUAAUAAUUAUAUACAAUUUAUGAGUCAUAUUUAGAAAUCUCUUCAGUGACUCUUUUGUGUAAAAAUCCUGUGCUGUUUUCACACAUUUUAAAAAAAGAAAUUCGGGGAUAUUUUAUGAGAAAAAAGAAAAGAUUAUGGGCCAAGUUCUCUCCACACUGGCAUGUUGUAAAGGCAGGAGGAAAUCAACGGCGGUCAUGUGACUGAGGAGGGCGGGACUGUGCGUCUGUGCCGGCCAGUAGCAGCGCAGCGUCGGUCCAGGUCCCAGCAGCUCCGUGGGAGAAAAAAAAACCCAGAGAGAGGAGACGAAUAACGGUACACUCCAAUAUUUAUGGAGCCGAUCCCCGCAUUUAACCACACCGCGUCUGCGUCUCCUCCUGUGAUGCAUACAUGAAUAAAUGCGUUUGGAAACGGACGCGGUCAUCGGCGUUUUGGGGCUGACGAAAACAAGCGGUCCACCAUUGUUUGCGUAGAAAUAAGAAUGGCCUGGAUGUGGAAGAAGAAGUCUCUUAUCGCCACCAGUCUGAUCGUGGCGGUGUCGCUCUUCGUGGUCGUGGUGAACUACUCGGAGAAGCCGUACUUCCUCCUGCAGCCUGUUUUCGGUCAGACGUUCAGCAGCCACUGGAUGUUCUCCAAGCAGCCGUACAAGGCCUUUAAGCCUCACCUGGGCUACGUCAGCAUUCCCAAACAGGAGCCCCUGAAGCUGCACUGUGAGCUCUGCAGCAUUGUGUCCAGCUCCGGCCAGAUGUUGGGGCAGGCUGCCGGCCCGCAGAUCGAUCGUUCUCCCUGCAUCUGGCGGAUGAACAACGCGCCAUCUCGGGGGUUUGAGCAUGACGUGGGCCGACGAACCACGUUGAGGGUCGUCUCCCACACCAGCGUCCCCCUGCUGCUGCAGAAGCCCCAGUACUUCUUCGGGCAGGGCAAUGACACCAUCUACGUGGUGUGGGGGCCGCUACGAAACAUGAGGAAGGACGGGAAGGGGAUCGUGUACAACAUGCUGCGACAGGCUGCAGAGAACUACCCUCACGCACGCAUCUACGUCACCACUGAAGACAGGAUGAACUACUGCGACAUGGUUUUCAAGAAGGAGACGGGGAAAGACAGGAUCCAGUCCGGCUCUUACCUCAGCACCGGCUGGUUCACCCUCAUCCUCGCCAUGGACAUGUGCAAAGAGAUCCAUAUCUACGGCAUGAUAAAUGACACCUACUGCAAGACGGAGGGUUACAGAAAGGUCCCUUACCACUACUACGAGGCCGGCAGCCGGGACGAGUGUGCGGAGUAUCUGCUCCACGAGAGCGCCCCCUACGGUGGACAUCGCUUCAUCACGGAGAAAUCUGUGUUUGCCAAGUGGGCCAAGACUCACGCCAUCAAGUUCUUCAACCCGCCGUGGCAGCUGUCGUGACCCUGGCUGAACCAGCAUGGAAAUACCACAUCAUCAUCACCGCCGUCGUCGUCAUCGUCAUCAUCAGUAUCAUUCAAAGACCAGCUGAAUCUCUUCACUGACAGACAGAGUGUCCCUUAAUGUGCACAAACAUCUAACUCUGCACAAAUACCACUGCAUAUCCAUAUCAACGCUGGUUGACGGUUGUUUGUCAAGUCCUGGUUGGUUAGAGGGGGCGCCUCCAAAAUCCAGGGACUUGUUUGUUGGACAAUGGCCGCUCAAUCAGACAAAAGUUUGACCAACCUGGACAGCUAGAGCAUAUCUCCUGCUUCUUGAAUAUGAAGUCUUUUUUUCCUGGAUUUGAGAGCUGAAGGUAGUGCACAGCGCUCUGCUCUGCACUGACUAAUCGAUCCAUCCGCUGCUCUAUGAGUUUAGCAAAAGGAUGGCUCAAAGACCAGCUUGAAAAAAAAUAAAUAUAGAAAACAACAUAAAGAAGACAUGACCAUCCAUCAACUCGCAGCGACCGCAGCGGCUCAGAUUUCCGCAGGCCUUGUACUGUACUGUACAUCGCAGAGGCUGAAUUGAAGUGGUUUUUUUUUUUCAGCACUGUAGUUGAAGAGGCGCUUCAGCCGCCGCUGAGACGAGUCACGUUGCCAUGGACGUCUGACGAGCUCUCUUGCUCUGUUUCCUCUGCGUGACUGUCUUCUGUCAAGCUGUAAUUAAUCUAUAACGAGUAUAAUUCAGGCCUUCAUCUCUGACUGAGGGAGUAUUGAAGGCAGAUGCUCUGUCAGUUUCAAUUUUCUUUGCUCUGUUUAAAGAUGCUUCAACAAACAAGUUCAUUUGAAAAAGGAAACACAAAAUCUGAUUUCAGUCGUACCAGAGAUGUAAGUGUAAAUCUGCUUUUUUAUGGUUAGGCUUGGUUGUUAUGCUUGUGUGUUGACUCACACAACUUAAAGAUGUCAGUUCUUUUUUUUUUUUUUUAAAUAAUGCUGUGAAAUUGAAUUUUAAGAGACAUGUUUUGGCGUUGGCUUGAUGUCUGGAUGGUUUGCGUAUUUAUACUGCAGAGUUUAGUUCCUAAUGCUCUUUAACAGUGUGCCAUUGACAAUAUGAGCAUCACAGCAUAUAGAGCAAUGUGCAAUUAGAAACCCCAUCCUUACGGAAGGAGUAAAGUCAUUUGUGACCCCGCUGAGGGAGAGAUUUAUGUGUGCAGUGAAACCAUUUGAAAUUAAUUGUAUUCUAUUAUCAUUUUGUGCCUGCAAUAUACAGUACUCUGCAGUUCAUCGUAUAGAGACAAGAGAAGAAGCUCUCUCUCUCUCUCUCUCACAUUCUUGCUCUCGCUCGCUCAUCUUCUCGUCCAGCUUUGUGCCUCUUUGUGAACAGUAUCACUGUGUGAACACAUCUUCCCAUUUGUCUUCGGACACGGCGUGCGUGUCUCCUGGUUCAGGCCAUUACAUUUGAAUGCAUCUGUUCCAGGACAGUGAAGAAUAAUCAGUGAAGUGCCGAGGUGUGUAGGUUGGCCGGUAGCUGUGGAAGGCUGAGACACGGUGAUUAGUGUCCCGGUCAGAAUCACGGCCCAGAGGGGGAGGACUGGAAGGAUUCAAAGACUUCUAAUUUAGGCGACUUGAUGCACAGGGUCCCCGGCGACUGUAAUAUACUGCAGCUGAGCGUCACAGUCUUAACUCCUGCUGCAUUGUACUGUUUACUAUAACACACAGGCACUCUGCUUUAAGGCCAUGUCUGUGUAUGCACCCGUGUGAUAAUUUACAGGACAAAACAUGUGGAUGAAACUGGGCUGAAUUUAAAUGUGAAGGUGAAAGCCACCUUGAAAACAAAAGUUUGAAAAAAGUAGCUUUCAGUUAAAAGAAAAGAAAAAAAAGACUAAAACUCCGACUGGGCUGAAUUUGUUUGCUACCGUUUUUACAUAUAAACACUGUUCCAGCAACACUUCACUGACUACAUUUCAAUGUGAAGCAGGUCCAACCUGCGCAGUGAAAUAUGCUUUUGAAGCAAUGGUUAUUUGUAACUUUGAUGUGUAGAAAACGAGCCUUUCUCUGCUGCUGGAACUUUUCCAAAAAUCUGUUAAGAAACUUAGAAACUUAACUUUCAACAAAACUAUUUCAACAGGAGGAACAAGGCUCUCGAAUUAGUUCCCGGAAAAAAAAGUCCCAGUGGUGAGAACUAGCACUUUCUGAUGGAGGGGUUUACGUCGCCAAUUGGUCAAACUUGUGUAAAACAUUAAUUCACAGAGUAAGAAAUCUCUGGGCACUGAGAGAAUCAGUAUUAGGACAAAACAAAAUUACAAAGACAAAUUGAUGUCAGUUUUGAUUAGUCUAGAAACAAAGCGACGAAAUAAACCAUGAAAUACUCAGCAGAUUGAGUGCCAAAGUAAAUUUUUGACAUUGGAAAUAAUCAUUUGAGAAAAUAAUCUAGAACUUUUGUAAUUCCAUUAGAUGUGUUUGAGGCUCCCUUUCCACCUCUGCACGUCCUCAAACCUCAAACAGUAAAUGACAAAGAAAAACAGUGAGUCUCAUCAUGUGUUUCUAACAAAGCUCCAUUAUCUCUCCACUUUAACUAACCUUCAUGUUUUUUUCUUAGAUGUGAUGAAGAAACAAACAUGGACAUGCAGUUUUUCGUUUACUGUCUGAGCUAUUUUAUAUCUGAGCUGAGUUAUUUUGGCUCUUUAGCUCCUAAAACUUUUUUAAUGAAAAAUGAUUAAAGCAAAUUUAGUGGUAACUACUUUUUCCUUCACUAAGUCACACAUGAACCUUUUGCACACUUAAUAGAAGUUGUAAAAAUGCUACGGAUGGAAUCAUUACAGCUACUGAUCCUACAUAUCAACAUCUCCAUGACAACGUAGCAAACUCCUUCUCCUGACAAAGACUGUGUGACUUGGUUGAGAGCUCCAGGAGAAGGUGUUAUCUAGAAGAGAUAGGAUUGUUUUGUUGAAUUUAGCCCAGUUUUGUGUGUCAGCUGCAUGUUUGGAAACAUGUUUUUACUGCUUUUGCAUCAGGAUCAGGAAACUCUGAUCUCUCCCUGUUUUCCAGACAGUGCAACAGACACCUUCCUACAACUCAGAACUCAAUACUCAUCUGUCCCGUUGUCACCUUGUCACUCAUUGUAAGUCGACCGGGCUGACAAGAGCAUCAGCAAAAUGUAAAAAUGCCCUAUUUUAAAUUCUUCCCGGUGUGGCUCAGCGGAUAGGAGACGGCCCGAACACAGGCAGGGUCACGGGUCCGUUUUCCUCUGGGACGACGCGAGCUGGAGAGGUAUUCGAUCCCAGCAGCUGCAGAUCAGAGUGUCCACCACCUGACGUAUACAAAGCAGAAACAUCUCGCAGUUUUAUUUUCCCCUGCUCAGAAAGCCCGGAGGUAAAAAUCUGGGCCUCGGGACGGCUUUGAAAUGAUGCUUCUUUCAGUUCCUGUGGGAAGACAGUCACAGAUACUGAAGCGUGAAUUCAUACAAUAUGCCAUGCAUGUUACAUGAUUAACGUACAGCUUUUUAUACAUUCCCACUCAGCCUGUGAUUGUGCAGUCAUCUGGCAGCUUUCCACCAAUCGGUUUACCUCUACUGUACAGGAUAUCCACCUUGAAUUGUAACGCACUUCACACCAGGAUGAGAAAUUAACAUCUUUUGUCAUAUUUGUUUUAAAUCGUUUAUGUACAACUGGAAGAAGAGCACAGUGUUCCUUCUGUUCACCUUUUUUUUUUUCUGUUUUUCUUUUCAAAUAAUGGUUGCUUUUAUUUUUUGUUGAUGCAGUGGUUUGUGUGCAGCAUGUUUGUUUUAUUUUCUGCUGCAAGUUGCAUGUUGCCAACAUUUUCUGCUGCUUCAGGCUGUGCACUCUCUGAUCAACAAACACUCUAUUGUUCUCAGUCAGAACACACUGCACGAACGCCCACGGAUGUGUUACCCUGAAUAUUAUGGAGAGUGUACGCCCUCUUAUAGGCUCCCAUGAAUCAUUUACUGGCUCACAGGAAGGGCACUGUAGACACACUCGCUCUGUAACAUACAAUAAAAGUAUGGGAAGAGGGGGAGGGGGAAAAAAUAAAUAAAAGGUUACUUUUAAUUUUCAGAGCUCAUUUAUGAUUUUGAUACCUUUAGACGGAGUCAGGCUAGCUCUUUUCCUAGCCGUGUCCCAAUUCAGGAGCUGCAUCCUUCGGUGGCUGCAUUUGAAUUGCAUCACAGUGGCGCGACUACACUGUCCCAUUUCAAAUGCUGCCUUCUUUUCCUGGGCAACAAAGGAUUCACCUGUUGGAUCCUUCGUGGCCCAACUUAUCCCGAGAUUCAUUGCACGCCAGUGAUGACAAUAAUGUGGCAGCAAACAACGCCGACAGAGAGCCCCAUGAUUAUACUUUUAAAUGUUAGUAUUGGUUUUCAGCUCAUUUCAACAGCUAACGGUACAGUUGUUAAAACCAAGGGCUUUAAGACCCCAAGUCUUUGGGAAAAAAAGUUAUGUGUUGUCAAGGUUGCUAGGCGACAGGAGCCGCGCUUUACAAGCAACGCUAAAGGGAAAAUCCUCCAUAGACCACACUGCCUCAUUUCAGUUCAGCCUUCGCGGCCUGUGGAGGCAACGAAGGGCAACAACUUCGUCGACUGCCUCCUUCGAAGGAUGCGGCCUCUGAAUUGUAUUCUUGUUCGUUUCAGAUGUUGGCUCUUUUGUUUUUGACACAACUUAUCAAAUGGCCUGAUUUCUUGUUCUGAGCACUGAAGUUUCAGCCCGUCUCAAGCUCUUUGUACCUGGCUGUAUAUAUGCAAAUGGCAAAAAAAAAAAAGACACAAUCACCGCUUGUCCUCAGAUGCUUGACAACAGAAAUGGCAGUGGAAUGAGCCCUGACUGUUCACACAUCAUAUAACACAAAGUUUAAAAAGCAAAUUGAAGGUCACUUCCUUUAAAGCAGAGCUGGCUUGUCCUGAUUAAAAUGUCUAGGCUGCGAGGUCUGCGGACAAAGAUGUGAAUUUCAUUGUUCCUUGCCGUCUUUAACACUCGAUAUUUUUUGCUCUUUUUCUUGCUGAGAUCAGUCGAGGUAAUUGCGGCCCACUUUGCAGAUUUUUAAAGAAGGUUUGAUUGUCUGACUCCACGUCGAAAACCUCUUCAGGUCACUAUGUAGCAUCUGACUCUUUCCCUCCUGACUGUUGUACUUGUUGCCAUUUUGACAAAUGCCUCAAGUGCUUUACGUUGAGAACUUUAUUUGAUUUCUCUUCUCUUUUCCUGUGUGCAUGUCUUACUAUUAUUUUUGUGUUGUAAAGCACUUUCCCUUCUUCAUUUUCAGGUCAAGUGUCCUUGUGAAAUUUGUAACUUUGGGUGUGUUUGAGUUACAUCGAAUGUAAUACAACACUAAGGUUGUUAUAAUGAAAGAAAAGUUGUUUUUUUGCUAACACAGCUAACACACUCCUUUUAUUGGUGGUAAAAUAACAUCCAAAUGCUGCAUGGAUUAUUGCAGGUUAUUGAGAUGUAUGUUUUGUUGGAAAAUAAGUAGUGAUUAUCUGUAUUAUUCUGUCACUUGCUGUCUACAUUAGCUAAAAUUAGAUAUAUUGUGAAUGUUCUUAUUUUUACCAAUGUGGAUUCUGUCUUCUGUGUCUUUUAUUCACUGUGGGGAUUAAAGAAAACCUAAAACCCCUUUA